AUGGAUCUAGUAGCCCUUCGUAAAGAAAGUGACGAUCUCUAUUAUUGCGGAAAUUUUUUAAAAGCUAUUAAUAAGUACCAACAAAUAAUUCAAGCCUACCAGAAUGACGAUCUUAAUGAUAGUCAAGGAAAAAAAUAUUAUGAUGAUCUUCUUCGCCUAUCAGAUUGUUUCUGUAAGUCGUAUAAUUAUCAGCAAGCCUUAAAAUAUUGUGAUAUUUCCCAUUCUAUUGCUGUUAAACUCAAUGAUAAAGUUCGUAUUUCGAGAAGCAAUGAUAUUUACGGCGAUGUCAAGAGAAUGCAAGGCCGAUAUCAGCAAGCUAUGGAUUGUUAUCAGCAAUCUCUUAAAAUAAAACUCGAAAUAUUAGAUGAUCAAGGCAUUGAUAUCGGUAUCUCUUAUUAUCAGAUCGGUAGAAUAUACUCAUUACAAGGAAAAUACAACAAUGCGUUGUCCUAUUUACAGCAAUCGUUAGAUAUUAUACGCCAAAAUAUUACAGAGGUAGCUAAUAAGUCAAAUAUAGGCAAAAUUUAUAACGAAAUAGGAUUGGUUUAUUGCUCUCAAGGUAAAUACAAGGAUUGUAUAUUUGCACAUGAGCAAAGUUUAAUGGUAUAUCGUGACGCCGUGGGUGAGAAUUGUUUAGGAGUUUGUGAUUCAUUUAAUAACUUAGGAUUAGUAUAUGAUUUAGGAGGCAAAUAUGAUGAGGCAAUCGAUAUGCAUCAAAAUUCGCUAAGCAAGAAAUUGAAUAUUUUCGGCGAAAAUAGCAUGGCAGUAGCAGAAUCUUAUUAUAACAUAGGUAUCGUAUAUCGAUCGGAAGGCAAAUAUAAAGAUGCAAAGAUAAUGUUUAAAAAAUGUCUCAAAAUUCAGAUAGAUUUAAUGGGUGAAGAUAAUAUUUACGUUGCUAAAACGCUUGAUGGAAUAGGCCAGUUAGAUACUAGAAUGGACAAUUAUGAGCAAGCACUUGAGGAAAGCAUUGAUGUUGCCAAUUCGUAUAAUAACAUCGGACUAACUUAUACUUUCCAAGGAAAGCUUAGUAAAGCAUUAGAAAUGCAUCAGAAGUGUUUACAGAUUCAACGAAAAAUAUUAAGUGAAAAGAAUAUGGACAUAGCAUCAUCUUAUAAUAAUAUUGCUUCGAUCUGUGAAUCGCAAGGUCGAUAUGACGAUGCAAUAGGCAUCCAUCAAAAGUCAUUGCUUAUUCAACUUGAAAUACUUGGAGAAAAACAUGCGAAUGUUGCCAUCUCAUAUAACAAUCUUGCUUCAGUUUAUAGCUCACAAAAAAAAUAUCUUCAAGCCCUGGGAAUGUACCAGAAAAGUUUAAGUAUAGAACUAGCAAGGCUGGGAGAAAAUAAUUUACGUAUUGCUACAUACUAUAACAACAUUGGAAUAGUCUACAAAGCUCAAAAAAAUUAUGGUGAAGCAAUACUGAUGUUGCAGAAAGCUUUGAAGAUUCGGUUAGAUAUUUUAGGCGAAAAUCAUAUAGAUGUAGCAGAUUCUUAUGCCAAUAUUGCCUCAGUUCUUAUAAGUCAAGAAAAUUACGAAGAAGCUGUAUUAGCGCUGAUGAAAUGCCUAGCUGCUCAAAAAGCCACUGUUGGAGAAAUGCAUUUAGAUGUUGCUAGAACAUACAAUAACCUUGGAUAUGCAUACUAUUCUCAAGAGUUAUGUAACAAAGCUUUAAAUUCCUUACUAAAAUGUUCAGAAAUACAGAAAAAUCUACUGGGAGAAAAUCAUAUCGAUAUAAUGAAUACUUUUAAGCUUAUGGCUACUAUCUACAAAGAACAGGGAAACUUUCAAGCAACAUUAGACAUACAUCAAAGAAUGUUAAAAAUCUACGUCAACACUAAAGGUCAUGAUAGUGAAGAGGUAGCCGAAGCACGAGAAAUUAUAAAGAAGAUAUCUAAUGAACAAAAGAAGAAAUGUACUGUAAUGUAA